GAUAAUCGUAAACAGGGACCAAAAGAUGCCGUCAAGCUGUAGAUUAAAAACGUGACUGAGAAGCUUAUCGCAAUGGCUGCUCCAAACGAUGAAAUGGAAAUGGAAAAAAUUGCCGAGGAUGAGCUGUCUAAGCUUCAUAGACAGUUUCGUGUAAUGGAGAUAGAUCGUGCAAAUGUCACGAGCAGUGCGCAGCCGACGCUGCGGGUACAACGGAACAUAAUACGCACUCUCACCUCUGAACUAGACAACAUUAUGACUGAAUUGAGGUUGACAAAAAGCACGUCUAACCAUCUGGAAAAUACUAAAACUAGGGAUAAGCUAAUCUCACUGCUGAAAGAGCACGAGCAGAGCACAGCGGAAGUGCAGGAACAUCGCACUACUAUCAACGAACUGAACUUUCUUCUCAAGCAAGUUGAGAAGGAAAUCAAAGCGUUGAGGAACAAAGGCGUCGGCUUAGAAAAGGACAGCAUCAACAGCAUGACGAAUCACACCAUAGUGAGCCAACUGGAGAAUCGUCUCAACACAGCACUCAUGAAGUUCAACAACGUCAACAGCGAGAACUACAAGAUGCGGCUCGAAAUCGAUCGGCUACUCCGAGACCGACAAUUCUUCAACACCCUCUGGAGGGGGCAGAUUAAACGUCUGAUGGAGGGGAAGGGUCAAAUACUCGCGCUGGUGGAGCAGGCCAUCACCACGUACGACCAGAGAGAGGAGUGGUGCAGCAAACUAGACGCGCUCAAGGACAAAGCCGCAGUUGACUAUAGGAAGCAUUGCCUGGAAGUUCGCGAAUUGCAAAGACAGUUAGACCACAGUCUGAAGUUAGAAGAGUUCCUGCGUACGAAGGGUACGGUCAGAUUCACAGCCGCGGAUGCGAAGGCCGAAGCGAAAAAACUGGAGCAGCAGGAGGAAGAAAUAAGGACAUACAACAACUAUGUCAAUAUAUUGGACGCGAUCAAGGAAUAUGCAGGGGAAGACGACGUGGAAAAACUAGUCCAGGAAUACAACAGACGGGAGGAAGAAAAUUACGCCUUAUUCAACUACAUCAAUGAAGUCAACGCAGAACUUAAGAACUUGGGAGACAAUGUCAAAAUGCUCAAAAAUCUCAUAGAUGAGGAGCACAUAAAACAUCAGGCCAACUUGAGCAAGCAACAGGACAGUAUUGAGAAGCUCAGCGGAGUUUUAGACGAGAAACGAGCGGCCGUCAACGAACUGAAGACUAGGCAAGAGACCACAGAGCAGGACAUCACGAAUUUGCUAGAUGGCUUACAAUCUUUGGCUGUCUCAUCCAACUGUGACACUCUACCACUUCUGAAGCUGCUGGGCAACUCCAUACACAUCAACAUGUCAAACGCGCGCCUCUACAUCAAGAGCUUGGAAAAGAAGAUCUUUGAAACAGUGGAGCUCAUUAAAUUUGACGAGUACGUCCAGAAAUGUGCGGAGACGAAGGAGCGUACUCCAGCGCGACGGCGGCGCCCCGCCCGCGCGCCCCGCACCCCGCGACCCGCGCACACGCCGCUCGCGAACACGCCACGACCGCGAACGUAG